AGAAACACUUUUUCUUUUUUGGAAUUCAAAGGCAGAGCGAUCGGAUAAUGACGACGGAGCAUAUAAUCCGUACGAAAGACGAAUACAAUGUCGAGCUUUUACCUAGCGACGACGAUGCGCCGCCGCUUGAAUCGUCUUGGCGUCUCAACCUCGACGCUUUUCAACUCCCUUCUUCCACCGGUGGCCGUCACGACGGACGUACUCGCUUUUCUCGCUAUUUUCGUACUCCAAGAAAGGAACGUAGAGUCUCUGAAUACUACAAGAAGCAAGAGAGGCUCCUGGAGGGUUUCAAUGAGAUGGAGACUAUCCACGAAAAUGGUUUUGCAUCUGGUGUUCCAACUGAGGAAGAAAUGAAGAAGCUUGCAAAGAGUGAAAGACUUGCAGUUCACAUCUCGAACGCAACAAAUUUGGUGCUCUUUGUGGCAAAAGUUUAUGCCUCUAUGGAGAGUAGAUCCAUGGCUGUGAUUGCUUCAACUUUGGACUCUCUCUUGGAUCUCUUGUCUGGUUUUAUUCUCUGGUUUACAGCUAAUGCCAUGAGAAAACCAAACCAGUUUCACUAUCCUAUUGGAAAGCGCCGGAUGCAACCUGUGGGCAUCAUUGUGUUUGCUUCCGUGAUGGCAACUCUUGGACUGCAAGUUUUGCUAGAGUCAGGAAGGCAACUAGUUGCCAAGAGUGGUAUUCAUAUGAAUAGCACAGAGGAGAAAUGGAUGAUUGGGAUCAUGGUCUCUGUCACCAUUGUGAAGUUUCUUCUAAUGCUUUAUUGCAGAGGAUUUCAGAACGAAAUAGUUAGGGCCUAUGCUCAGGAUCACCUCUUUGACGUUGUCACUAAUUCAAUCGGCUUAGCAACAGCUGUCUUGGCCGUCAAAUUCUACUGGUGGAUUGAUCCCUCCGGUGCUAUACUUAUUGCUUUGUACACCAUAGCAACAUGGGCAAGAACGGUACUAGAGAACGUCCAUUCGCUGAUAGGACGCUCUGCGCCGCCAGAUUUCUUGGCGAAACUGACAUUCUUGAUAUGGAACCAUCACGAACAAAUCAAGCAUAUUGACACAGUAAGGGCUUACACUUUUGGGUCACACUACUUUGUGGAAGUAGACAUUGUUUUGCCAGAGGACAUGAGACUACAAGAGGCUCAUAACAUCGGAGAGACUCUUCAGGAGAAGCUCGAGCAGCUCGCUGAAGUGGAACGAGCUUUUGUCCACAUAGACUUUGAGUUCACUCAUCGUCCUGAACACAAGUGUAACUAGAUUUUUAAGUAAUCAUGUAGUGUAUAAUUAUAGUUCUUAUAGUUUAUGUAAUCUUCGUGUCGUUUUAUCUAUAUAGAUGGAAAUCGAAUGAAUGUCGUUGAACGUU